UGUUACAGGAACAAUUCGCGACAGCAAUGAAUCUCCCAACUUGAAUCGAUUAUUUCCACUGCUAUGGUCGAACUCGAACUUCUCCAAAGGCAGAAACUCCAAACUCCUACCAAGGACACUGCUCGCGUGUAUUAAGAGUUUUCAAGUGGUUUGCCAAGGUUCCUCAAGCAUCUCACAUUGAAAAUACUUGAAAUCGAUACCCAAGAUUCUGCAACCCCUGAUGUCGGUUGUCUAUGUAAAACCAUCAUUGAUAUCAAAUCACAUGGCGACAUUCGAUGCAGUCGUACAGUCAUAAAAGAACAAAAUCGGUGUAUACACAAGUUCUAUCAGAGUGAAACGGUUAUUAAAGAACAAGGUACGCAGGGUAAGUAAGAAGAGGGAACGAGAGAGGAAAGGAUAAGAGAGAGAUACAAGUAUAUGGAAUAAAAGUUGAGCUGAUGCAGUUGAUGCACUCUCAUAUUUAUCAGGUGCAGUUGCUAUAGAAGUAAGAGCAAUGGAAGCAAGCAGAGUAAAGCAAAGCCAAGCUGAGUGGCGGCGUGAGGAUGAAGCAGUAGAGACAGCGCAGCUCUUAGGAAGGUUCUACGAGCACCACUGGCAACCACUGGCAACCACUGCCACCGCUGGCACCACGGGAAACGAUGGGGAUGCUGCGAGCUGUUUCAGUCGCGCGACGGCUCUCGCCCUGGCGAGUCGAUCGAGCUGGUUUUUUACAAUUUUCGAAAUUCUAUUCAUCCUCCCUCAUUUUCUUCCAUCGCUAGCUUUUUAUUAUCUUCGACUUUAUCUUUAUUGCUCGACCAGUUUCCCCCCUCUUUACGUCUCGUUUCAGUUUCCUUACGUAUCUUGACAUUUUCUAUACGGUCAGUCUCCGGUUGUUCCUAGUUAUUAAUCUUUAUCGGAUAUCUAAUUUUUCUCCGGUAUAUCCAAUCUCAUACCUCUCAACGUUCACGCGUUCUCGCGUUCCUUCCUCGGACGAUACGAUUUUUAUUCGUGACGACUUGAGGGCUCUUGUGCGAUUCUCUGUGCUCGCUGUGAGCGUUUUUACGUCUUGGAGCGUUCUACCCCUGGGAGAAAUACGCGCUCCGAGAUAUGGGCAAGGAAACGGGAUGACGUUAACGCAAGGGCACACGAGACCACCCGCCACAUACCAAACUAAUCGACAAAAGGGACGAGGCCAGAGGAAGGCGGCUCUCCGUAAUAAUUCGUUGCCAGCCAGAAAAGAGAAAUUCUUAGGCGAGACAGGGUAAUGGCUCGCGGGUGAGCAAGGAAGAGAAGAAAAAUUUAAGGAAGAAUAAAGAAGAUCGGCAAGUGACCAUUAGUAGCGAAGAAAGAUUAAGAGAUGCUGGUGGACGAAUGCGGUGCCGCUAUGGGAUGGAGCGCUUCUGUUCGUGGGGGUUGGUCUACUCCUAGAGCGGGCUGUACAAACUCAGCAAUGAGUUUUGGGGGUAGCGUGCCAUCCCUACAUCCUGCGGGUUCCUUGCGGUCUCUUAGAUCUCAGCACUCUAUACACAACCCACCAGAAACUCCACGGAGAUGUUUGCAUUGUCAUCCAGUACAUAUGGGAACACCGACAAGCUAUAUGCAACAGCCUAUGCAAUACUAUACACCGAGUCACUGCAGGGACAGGCAAAAUGGGACAACAUACACUCCGCAUCGUGUCAGCUCUUAUCACGGGGAUCCAAGAAUGCGUUACGCCGACAUGGACGAGAGCGUAGCGGGAAACACAAAUUGGUUCCUGGGCGAUUUAAGGAGUCUGCAUCGUUGCGUGCCAGCCCUGAGGCGACCCGGUAUAGACGUCGCUGGUAUGCGUACUCAUUUCUACCCCGAGGGUGGUUGGGGUUGGUUAGUUUGCGCUGCUGGAUUUCUCGCCCUGUUGCUCACCACUGGCAUGCAACUCGCCUUCGGGUUGUUGCAUCUCCAGAUAGCACGUCAUAUCGGCGACUCGCACCUCACGGAUAUCGCAUGGAUUGGUGCAUUGAGCGCUGCAAUUUCACGAGGUUCAGCGCCACUGGUCGUAGGUGCAUGUCGACGGGGAAGUACCAGACUGACUGCAGUCAUUGGUGGCUUAGUGUUGGCACUUGCAUCGCUCUUCACGUCGUUCUCAUUUCAAAUGCAUCAAAUCCUCCUUAGUUACGGCCUGGUACUGGGUGCUGGAGCUGGCUUGGUAAAAGAAUCCGCAGGACUCGUACUUGGGCAUUACUUCAAGAAACGUCGAGAAUUCGUUGAAAUGGUUGUCCAGGCUGGCACCGGAGUUGGAAUUGUCCUUUUCAGCGUCUUCUACAAGGAGGCCAUAGGGAAGCUGGGAUGGAGGCUGGGACUGCAGUCGAUAACUGGAGCUCUGUCACUAGCCUUCUUCCUAGGUCUGAUCUACAGGAGCGCAUCCAUUUAUCACCCACAACGUCCCGUGAUAGUACAACUGAAGAAUCAAAGGACUAAAGUUAAAGAGAAGAAAUCGGCGGCAAAAACGCCCAGGCAGCCGCUGGUGGAUCUAAGUCCCCUAGGAAGUCGUCCCGUGAGGAUGCUCAUGCUUGCCGCAGGUGCAGCAGGCUUUGGACUUUAUACGCCUGCUUUUUACAUAGCCCUGCAAGGACAUCAGGAAGGUCUCGAGACAAGCGCCCUGGUACUGUUGCAGACCUGCCUUGGCCUCGCUGCAGCCCUUGGAUGCGCUGCGUGGGGCGUCGUCACUGCCAAACCUUCUGCACAGUGUUUGGUCUCCAGGCAAUAUUUGUGUCAGGCUGCUCUUAUUGGCGUAGCCGUAGCUCAGGUGGCGCUUGGUAGCGUGGAAGGUUAUCAUGGAUUGGUCCUGGCUUCCGGUCUCUAUGGGGCUUCCCUUGGCGGGGCUCUAUACUCUUUGAAGAUGCUGGCCUUAGAGAGGCUAAGGGCCAGACACUUUGCUAGAUCCUGGGCCCUCGUGCAAGCAGCUGAAGCCCUACCGAUCCUACUUGGAGUUCCUCUUACAGGUUACAUGAAUGCAAGUAGUCCACGAGUGGGUUACUAUGCGUGCACUUUGAGUUCCUUGUGCGGAGCCGCGCUUCUGUUCCUGGUUGGCUGGGGAAGGCAGCCAGCCUCCCCAGCGAUAGCAUCGAAAUCCUCGAACAUGGGAACAAUUCCAUCGUCGUGCGCAUGUCCACCACCUCCAAGGCCAAGACUGCCAAAGUCACAAUCUCUUCACGUGCCACUGGACGUCGAGCAUGAUUCAAGAGAUCAUGACCUGGACAGAAUACAGACUGCUGAGCAUUAUUAUCAGCCACAGUAUCAUGCUCCUCUUAGACCUAGCAAAAGUGUGCCGGAAGGUCUUGGACAUCAGGACUUCUACAGGAACAGGCCAAGGAGGCAGCGAGACGUUACGGUCAUCGAACAAAUCACUACGAGUGUCUGAAGAGGAGGGAGAAUCGAGAAGCUAAGAAGAAAAUUUGUAAACUUACGAAAGUUUGCAGGUCAUUUAGAAAAUCGUACAUAUUAAUGUUGAUCGGUUAUUAUUUAGCGUAACGUAAGUGGGAGAUUUUGUCAAUUGAAUUGACAAGCGGAUUUACGUGUCUUCUGUAUUUUUGCCGGAAGAGUCAUUCGACUCGUGUGUCUUCUUGGAUUACUUUACAAGGUAGACGAAUGAAACGUAUAAGCGCACGAAUUUAUUUUCCUAGUGAUAGUUAAAAAUCGGAGCUGGUCUCCGAUAGUGGAUCCUAGACUCAUUCGUUUGAAAGUCUAAUCUAAGGAAUAAUCUUCUGGAGUUUUCUGAUGGAUGAGGUGUAAACAAUAGAGAGGCUCAAGGAUCCUCUCGAAGCGGUCCAGAUCCACUGACAAUGAGAUUCUCUAAGUAUACUAUUCAAAAAUAUUAGAUAGAAAUUUCAGCUACUAUAAUCAUAACGCGUAAUAAUCAUCCAUUUUAUAACGAAGGCUCAUGUGAAACCGAGGAAGCCAUACUAUUAUGGAAUUAUGACUGUUCUUAUUGUUAUAGUGAAUGGGACGUGAGUAUAUAUUUGUGAGGAGAAAGGGUUUUGGCUAGAAAAAAAAUUAUAAAGAAAAGGGGACAAAAGGAGAUGGGAUCCCUUUAUUCAUUGCAUAGGCGAAAUUUAGUCUCCCAGGCUGAAAUGCGUCAGCGUCAAGCAUUUUCAAAGCGUUAUCGUAAUCCGUAGUUGUACCUGUACGAUAUCUCGGGCACUGCCCACGACCACAAUCAGUAGAAUUUAAUGACUUCGCAAUACGCUCAUUGCAAAUUCCGUACGCCAAUGACAAUGAGUAACGUUAUAGUUAUACUAGAGAACGAAUUAACGUUAAGAUUAAAUAAAAAAAAUAUAACACUCAUUUCACUGUUUGGGAUUGAAAGGAAAGUGAGGAAUGAAGGGUACUCGUGGAAUAACGUUCAUCGAAUUUCAUUGUUGGGAACGAGUUAGGCAAGGAUUGAUGCAACGAUUGACAGUAUCAAAAAGGGAUCAAAGUACUCUAUAAAUGGAUUUAAAUUGUUUUACGCAGGUACCUACAGUUUAGUAUAAUUAAUUAAUAUCUCGUCAAUUUUCUGGUAUCUGCGUAUAACUCUAUCGGGUAAUAAAGAAAUCUUUUGUGCUUCUUGAACUCUAUUUCUGUCAAACCUAAGCGACACCAUAAGUCUCGGAAAAGCAAAAAAAAGAAAAAUACACGCGCAUGGGCCUCUGCGAAAAAUUGAACAGGACACAGAUAACUCGUCGAGUUUGCCAUUUUUUUUUAUAUACUUAGGCAAAUAUUCUUUAUCACCUUUAAGCUGUAUAUAAAUGUUCCUCAGAUAUUCAACCUUAUCAGGAAGUAUGUCAUAGAAACCAUUUUAGAGAUAUGCACUGUAUAUCAAAUACCAUUUGUAUAAAGUCGCAAUAUUAUGAGGUAUAUAUAUAUAUAUAUAUAUAUAUAUAUAUAUAUAUAUAUAUUAUAUACGAGUAUAUAUUAUAUAUAUACGAGUCUUUUCUUAUCGUUUCAUGAUGCAGUGAUAAGACAAACAUUCGUCAUACUAAAAAUAUUUAUCUUCGACUAAUACGUUUUUCUUCGAGAACAUGAAAAUAUUCACUAAAGUCGUUUUAAUGUGUUAGCACGCAAUCGGUUAAAAUAUAUCAUGACGUAUAGAUAUAUUGAUUUACCUGCGGAAGAUUCUAAAUGGAACAUAAUUUGAAAUCCAUCAUAUUAACAACGAGUUAAGUCGCUAUCCCGAAUUUUGAGAUAUUCUCGUAUGAGCGGAAGAAGGCGAUAAGAAUAUGACUCUCAUGAUACGUAGGACAAUCGUAGUGACGCAAGAAGCAUAAAAUGGCGAGAUUUCGCACAAAAGCAUAACGUUGUGUCGUUUUUUUAAAGAUUUUGUAUUCACGUUCCGCGGUGUGUAGGGCAUGGCAGGACCAAUAUAAGAAAACGUCUACCGAAGAAGACUUUUGUCCAAAUUCGCGAAAGUAGGGUAAUACACAGGUAUUCAUGUAGGAAUAAAUCCAGAUAACUGAAUUAACUUGACCAACGUAUAUGAGAACUAUAAUGAAUCAAAAUAUACAGAAAAGGAAGUAAUUGAAUAUUGAGAUAUAGUAAUUAAUUUAAUAGCAAAGGAUGCUUACACCAUGAUUAAAUAAAUAUCCUUGAAAAUACUUAAAAUAAUGUUUUGGUCACCAUGUCCACGUGUCAUCCGGUAGGCUUAAAUAAAAUUUGGCGACGGAUUUGAAUUAACAAAUAAUCAUCAUAGAUAAUUGACGUGACUAAUAAUCGUCAAAUCGAAAAAUCUUUAUAUCGCGGAAUUACAAAAGGACAUAAUAGCGACGCGCAAGUAUGAUUCUUAAAUUAUGAAAAAUACUUUGGCUGCACGGUGGAAUAAUGUUAUAACAAGCGAUUAAGUUGUUAGUACAUUUAUCAUGUAUAUUCGCAAUGUAUUUAAUCUGUAAAUAAAUUAUUAUUUUGAA